AUGGAGUCCAAGUCCCCCCACGGCAAGCCCGACGUCAACUUUGAUGUUGAGGCCGAGGGUGAUCAGUCCAGGGAAGAUGGUGAUCGCAUGACGCGCAACGUGCGCAUUACCUUUGAGGAUGCCUCCGCCACCGAUGCCGAAAGCAAUGCCAUUGAAAACAUGCGGUCCAUCUACCAACCCGCCGGCUUCAACCGUACCCAAUCCACUGGCCGCGAUACUAUCCGCAGCACUCGCAGCAGUGGCCAGACUGCCGUCGGAGCCAAUGCAGGCAUUCCAAUCGAAUUCCGCACACUGUCCAUCCAGAUCUCCGAGUCCCAGAACGCACCCAAGCAGGUCGAGGCGGAGACCUCCAAGGAAAAGCUGCCAAACCAGGACUACUUCGAAAGCCUCGACUUCCAUACUUUGACCCAGGACCAGCUAUGUCAACAGUUCAAUGUCGACCCUCGUACAGGUCUCAGCGGCUCGGCUGCCGCUACACGGCUCGCUCGCGAUGGAAAGAACGUGAUCGCCCAGCACCGCGAGAACUACCUCAAGAAGCUCUUCUUUUACGUUUUUGGUGGCUUCUGUUCGAUCCUUUGGGUCGGUGUGAUCAUUUUCUUCAUCUGCUGGAAGCCUCUCAGCAACCCACCCUCGCCUACCAAUCUUGCCAUGGCUAUCUUGGUCAUCAUCGUCAUCGUUCUCCAAGCUACUUUCUCAGCCUUCCAGGAUUGGUCCACGAAACGGGUGAUGAACUCCAUUUUGAAUCUUCUUCCCGCCGAAGCUCUCGUCAUGCGUGAUGAGAAGUUUAUUCGUCUUCCCGCUACCGAGUUGGUGACUGGCGACAUUAUCCAGAUCAACGUUGGCAACAAGGUCCCGGCUGAUAUGCGUCUUCUGAAGACCUCCGGUGACGUUCGCUUUGACCGUGCCAUUCUCACCGGCGAGUCGGAUGAGAUUGACGGUGCUACCGAGGCUACCGAGGCCAACUUUCUGGAGACUCGUAAUAUUGCCCUUAUGGGAACCCUGGUGACCAAUGGCAAUGCAACUGGUGUCGUCGUCCUUACUGGUGCACGAUCGGUUAUGGGCCGCAUCGCGAAAAUGACUGCCGGCGUCAAGCAGAAGCCAACCUUGAUUCAGAAAGAAAUUACUCGCUUCGUUACCAUCAUCAUUGGAUUGACCAUUAUCCUUGCUCUGAUGAUUCUGUUCACCUGGGUGGGAUGGCUCCGCAAGGACCACCCUACUUAUAUGAGCGUGGUGGCGAUGCUGAACAAUGUUAUGGGCUGUGUGGUCGCUUUCAUCCCCGAAGGUGUCCCUGUCGGUGUUGCCUUGACUCUGAUGAUGGUUGCCCGCCGUAUGAAACAGACCAGUAUCCUGCCCAAGGGCCUGGCCACCGUUGAGACUCUUGGCUGUGUCAAUGUGAUCUGCUCGGACAAGACUGGUACCUUGACUCAGAACCGCAUGUUCGUCAAGUCCCUCGGUAUGGUUGAUUGGGAAUUCAGCAUCGACGACCUCGCUGCUGGCCUGGAGGUGUCUCACGGGCUGGCCAACGUUCUGCGUGCCUCGGUUCUUUGCAACGAUGCCACAUUCGAUUCGGAGACUAUGGACCUCCCUUCUUAUGAGCGCACCGUCAAUGGAAACGCCACCGAUGCAGCAGUGCUCCGACUCGCCGAUCAUGUUGGUGCCGCUACGCCCCGGAAUUUGGAGCCAUAUGAGCGCCUUCACCAGAUUCCCUUCAACUCGAAGAACAAGUGGAUGCUGACUAUGCACCGCGAUCCCGCCAACACUUCUCCGGGCUAUCUGAUCUACGUCAAGGGUGCUCCUGAUGUGCUUCUGCCUCGUUGCUCCACUUACUGGUCUGCUGUCCACAACGCUGUUCGUCCCCUCGAUACCGAUGCUCGUGAGAAGUUCUCCUCUUUCCAAGCCAAGCUAUCUCGCCGUGCUGAACGUGUGAUUGUCAUUUGCCAACGCCGCUAUAUUCCUGUUAACGAGGUUGGCUCCAACGGGUUCAGUGAUGAGAUCAUCGAGUCUGGUGUGCAGGACCUGACUGUGCUUGGCAUCUUUGGUAUCAUUGAUCCCCCACGCCCAGAGACUGCUAGCACUGUUGCUGCUUGCCGUCGUGCCGGUAUUCGGUUUUUCAUGGUCACUGGUGACUUUGGUCUGACUGCUGCUGCAAUUGCCCGGGACAUCGGUAUCUUCGAUGGCACAGCUGAGCCCGACACCAUUGACGACCUGCGCGACUUUAGUGACGAAGGCAAGAACUCCCACUCCCGCCACAGUCUGCUCCUUGAGGGAACCAGCCUUUCUUCUCUGACUCAGGAUGAAUGGUCGACGGUGUGUGGCUAUGACGAGAUUGUCUUUGCUCGUACCAGCCCGGAACAAAAGUUGCGCAUCGUGUCUGAAUUCCAAGCCAAGGGCAACUAUGUUGCAGUGACUGGCGACGGUGUCAACGACGCCCCUGCUCUGCGUGCUGCCAAUGUUGGUGUUGCCAUCGGUGGUGGUAGCGACGUGGCCAUUGAAGCUGCCGACCUCGUCUUGCUGGACCGGUUUGACUCCAUCGUCGAAGCCAUCCGUCUGGGUCGCCUUGUGUUCCAGAAUUUGCAAAAGGUCAUUGCCUACCUGCUCCCCGCCGGUAGUUGGUCCGAGAUCUGGCCCGUGCUCAUGAAUGUCUUCUUUGGUAUCCCAUCCCCACUGAGCUCUUUCCUCAUGAUCAUCAUCUGUGUCUUUACCGAUCUCUUCCUCUCCCUCUCCCUGAUCAUGGAAAAGGAAGAAUUCGACCUCCUCAGCAUUCCUCCCCGCGACCCCAAGAAGGAUCACCUCAUCAACAUGCGCAUCUACGGCCAAUCAUACCUCUUUGUCGGUGUCAUGGAAGCUUUUAGCGCCCAUGCCAUGUUCUUCCUCUACAUGUGGAAAGCAGCCGGCAUCCCCUUCUCCGAUCUGGUCUUCGCCUUUGAAAAAUACACCGACGGCUUCCACGGAUACACGCAAGACGAGCUCACUCACUUCAACAACGUCGGUCAAUGUGUCUACUUUGUCUCACUGGUCAUCAUGCAAUGGGGCAACAUUCUCUCCGUCCGCAGCAAGCGCAUGUCCCUGCUCCAGGCUGAUCCUAUCCGCCCCGCUCGCCGCAACCCAUGGCUUCCUCUGGCUAUGCUGAUCUCGCUUGUCAUUGCCAUCUUCGUCACUGAAGUUCCCGGCAUCCAGUCGCUCUUUGGCACGGCCUCCGUUCCCAUCCAGUAUUGGUUUAUCCCGCUGGGUCUGGCCCUUGGUAUCCUCGUUAUGGACGAGCUACGCAAGGUGCUGGUGCGCCAGUUCCCUAAGGGUAUUGUUUCCCGGAUCUCGUGGUAG